CCAAAUUCGACAAGAGAAAAACCACACAACAUGUCGGGAGUCAAGAGACCAAGAGAAUCGAAGACAAACGAAAUUAGAAUUGCCUCUUAUGCCGAAGAGCCAUCUGCUGUGGUUGGAUCAUUCUUCAAUGGGUUGUCUGUUCCUACUCUGACUGAGUUUGACUUAUACAAACAUAAGAAAUCUGAUAAAUAUGUUGUCCAUGGUGAAACGGAAACUUUAGAUUACAAUGGAGAGAGUCUUGCUGACGAGCUGAACGACUAUUUUGUUGCAUUGUACGAUCCAUUGAACAAGUCUGUUGAUUUGUACAAGGCUCCAUUUGUCGAUGCCAAGGUCACAGCAAGAACCAAGCGUGUGUUCAAAGGUCCUUCUGUUAGACAAGCUGGUGUCAGAAAUGUCACUCAACGUAAUGCAUUGGGUGAAGCUUUCGGUACCAAGAAAGCUAAGGCUGCCAUCACCAACUUGGAAAAGAACAGAAUUGAUUCUGAGAAGUUACAAGAUAUUGAAUUAGAUAUCGUGGACAACGUCAAACUGUCAACCCAAGAUUUGCCAACCAGAGAAAAGAUGGCCGAAAGCGUCACCAACGACAGACCCACUCCUUUGGCUAACGUCGACGCUACAAACGUUGAAGAUAUCUACCCAUUAGUCAAUAUAAUACCGAAGAAGGACUGGACUUUCUUGCGUAUUGGUCCUUUCUUGAGCGAGGAAGAUGAAAAGAAAAGAAUUGAAUUGUUGCCUUACAGUGGCUCCAAUUACAUCAACAAGCAUCUCACAUUAUUGGUAGCACAAAAGAACUCCGAAAAAUUGCAAGUGUUAAUCUAUGCUUCACUUUUAUUUGGUGUCUACGAAAACAGAAGAGUCAGAGACAAGCAAUCUUUGAUGACCAGAUUACAAAACAAACCUUCUGAAGUAUUAGUAGAUGGUAUCUUGGAAAAGUUUGCUAUUGCCCGUUCUUCCCAAGUAGGUAAGUCGAAGGACCGAUCUUUUGUCAUCGAUCCUCAUCACGAAGAUAUGUUAUUGUGUUACCUAUUGGCCCUUAUCCUUCACAUAGACAACUUCAUGGUCGAAUUGCCACCAUUGGCUAACGAGUUAAACAUGAAGCCUACAAGAUUAACUGGCUUGUUCAAGGCUUUGGGUGCGGUAAUCAAGGCUGCCACUGUUGGCCAAGCCGAAGCCUUUGGUAUUCCAAAGGCCGCUGCAAGCACCUACAAGAUUGCUUCCUUGAAGGUCCCUUUCAAGUUACCAGAAAUGACCAGAAGGGGCAAGCGUGGUGGUCGUUGAAGUGACCAAAAAGUUGCAUAACUUGUAUAUUAUUCAAAUAUUGACAAUCAAAUAAAUUUUAUUGUUCAACUU